UGUCGUGCAUAACGAACAAAAAAGUGUACGUUACUCAUUUUUCGUAGUUUGUUGAUUUUAAUGAAGUAAUUGUGAAAUUAUAAGAUUUUUUUAAAAAAUUUAAACCUAGAACCUAAUUCUAAAUGCCUGACAUAAUUCCUGAUACUGAUAAAGUUGCCAUGCCAAAACCUCAAAGUCCAGCGGUUUUCAACGGAGAAGUGGAUAACUUUUACGACCAAAAUUAUGAAAUAAAAAAUAAGAUGAAACUCCCAAAGACUAUAAGGGUUGGUGAUGAAUAUAAAGACGACGAUUCCGGUACAAAUAGAGCUACUUGGAAUCAAGCAAUACCAAAUGAAGUGCUAGACAUGCACAUGCCUGACAGAAUUUUAGUUGUUGGGCACGAUCAACAUAUUGGUCUAAAAGCUCCACCAAUUGAAAUGACGCUCGAAAAUUCUGUAAUUCCUCCUGAACCAGAAUUCACAAGAGUUCAGACGCCUCCACGAGUUCUUACAUUAGGAGAUCAUUUUUUCCCCACUGUUGACGAUGAUAAUAUUGAUGACUACAUGAAUACAUCUGAUUUGAACCAAAGUAUUCCAAUUACAAAUGGAUCAUACAUGAAUGAAACUCAAAUAGUUAGGCGUGCAGCUAGAGAACAAACUCCAGUAUGGAACAAUACUCUAGAUGUUUCUCUAGCACCAAGUGAAGAGAUUCAACACCUUCGUCGACAAGUUGGAAAGUUGAACCGCAGAGUAAUGGCAGUAGAAUUGGAAAUGUUACAACGGCAACAACGUGAUAAAAUUUUUUAUGCUAUCACUAUAGCUUACUUUUUCAUCAAAGCCUUCAGUUGGUUAACUAGAAAUUAAAAUAAUCACAAGUAACACAGUUUAAUUAAUUCGCCACUCUUCCGUUUUGAAUAGAACAAAAAAAUUAAUCAAAGAUUGCACAAUCUAUAUGAAAGUAAUCUUUUUUCAUAGUUAAUAUAUAUUGAUAUCAUCAAGUUUAGUAGUAUCCUGAUUUUUAUUGAAUGUGGAUAGUUAUAAAAAUGUUCUAAAGUCGGUUAUACUUUUUUUAAAAUUCUAAAUUAAAUUUUUUAUUUUAAACUGAAUACUUAAGAGUUGGCGAUUUAAAAGUAAAAUGUUUCUUGAUAUUCAUUUUGUAAAUUUAAAAUAUAUAAUUGACUACGUAUCGUUGAUCGAAUAGACUGUAUUUGUAAUUUUGAUUUUUUGGCAAAUAAGAUAGACUUCUAGAGAAAUCUAGAACUAAUAUCUUAUGGAUUGAAUGUUAAUGUUUGAUGUGGCAUGUAAAUAUUUUUUCGAUUAAUUUUAACUGUUGUAAUUUGUUAGUAAUAUUUACAUUUUAUGUGUUGAAAGGAAAAAAUAAUUUUUAAAGAGAAAUGAAUUUUUUUUCUUUAAAAAUUAAUAUUUUUCGAUUAAUAAUUAACUCAUAUAAAAUGUUACAAUUUUCAUAUACACAUUAUUAAUUUUGAUCAUUAUAUAAUAAGUGAACAAUAACGAAAAACUGUAAUUUUGUGACACAAAUAAUUAUGUGAAGACAUGUAUUUCAUUUGUUUAUCUAGUUGACAUUGUAUACAACAAUAUUUCAAAUGAAGAAUUAUUAAAAUAUUAACAGAGAAUAAGUCUCUGUGCCAAUUGAAUUAUGCCCAUGGCAACACUGUAUGAUAUUGUAUAUUUAUAUGACAUGCCAUAUGAUUCUAGUGAAUAAUAAAAAAUAAUUAACUAUUAA